AGAAGCGCCCGGACGAUAUUGAGUGCGGCACCGCAGCAGAUCACAUGGCGUCAGCGCGAGAAUCCUCUGCGAUGAACACAAACCUGCGGGGAGAUGCGUGAUGCUGAGCACGGGAUCAUGACGGAAGCCGUGUUUCAAGCCCCUAAACGGCGGGCGAAGGUGUACGAGUCGUUUGUAGCUCCUCUCCCCGUCUCUCUGGGCGCAGAGGAUGAAGAGCCCAUCAUCUACAGAGCAGACCUCAUCAGCCAUCAUGUCACAGUCACAGAUCCUGCUCACAUACUGCCUCUGUAUGAGAGGGGUUACUUCGGUAAAGGGGUGUUCUCCAGAUCCAGACCUGAGCACCAGAUCUCUCAGCGGUGGACAUACGUUGGAGACCGAUGUCUGCCUGUGAUCUCCUCAUCAGAAUACCAGAAGCGUCUCGGCUGGGCGCGUGCGGCUCUCUUGAAGCAAGGGUUGGAGGACGAGUCCGUCAGUCGUGCGUUAGACGCGCUCACAGAACCAGUGGAGCUUGAUGUGGAGGAAGAGCAAAGCCAUCACUCAGUGGUUGAACAGUCAAUGGAUGAUGAUGACUUUGAACAUGACAGUCUGGAUCAAACUGAGCCAGCGAGGUCUCAGCGUGAAGGAAACCCCCUGUAUGAUCCUCUGGCUGAAGAGUGUCCUGGAGAGCCCAGUGUGAAGAGCAGAAGAGCUGACGGAGAUGAGGAGCAGCGGUGCAUGAGUUCAGAGCCAUCAGACGCUUAUCAACACGUGCUGGUGGAGCUCUCUGAAGAUGACCUCUCCGGUGGAAAUAAUACCACUUUAUCACUUUCUGAAGGACGUGCCUCUGCUAACGAAGCAGAGAAAAUGGAGCAGCAGGGCAGGUUGGUGUGCAGAAUAAACCCGUUCCCCAUGAUGGAGUAUCUGCAGCUCAGUUAUGAAGAAGCGUUCUUCCUGGUGUACGCUCUGGGCUGCUUGUCGGUUUAUUACAGCGGGGAGGCUCUGUCGGUGGCUCAGGUUUGGACCAUGUUUCGUUCGCUGCAGCCCAACUUCUCCAGCUCCUACGCGGCCUAUCACUAUUUCCGCAGUAAAGGCUGGGUGCCGAAGUCUGGAAUUAAAUACGGAACUGAUUUAAUGCUCUACCGAAAGGGACCGCCGUUUUAUCAUGCAAGCUACUCUGUGGUGGUGGACCGCUGUGAUGAGUCUCUGCGGCCCUUCAGCUGGAAAUCUCUGGCUUCUCUCAGCAGAAUCACUGGGAACGUGUCGAAGGAGCUGAUGCUGUGUUUGGUCAUCACUCCGUCAGACGUGACUGAAGACAUGCUGUCGUCUCCUGAGUGUCUGAAGAGACUCUCUGUUCAGGAGGUCCUCGUGAGCAGAUGGGUCUCCUCCAGAGAGCGCACUGAACAGGAGGACAUCUAGACAUUCUGUGUCCAGAUCAAACGCCCAUGGAUAUUUUCUUUAAUAAAGAGUGUUCAGCGGUAAAUAAACUCCUCAAACUGAAGAUCA